CCUCUCUCCCAGCGCAGACUGGUAACAGCUCGGCCAGGUCGCUGCAGCCCAGCACUCGACAGAACUCUUAGGACUCGGGUUCAAGACCAGCAAAACCCCUCUUCUGUGGAUCUGGCUUCAUAGCGUGGACUUGAGAAGAAUCAGGAACAGGAGGGAUUUUUACCAGUUUGAUGGUUUUCAUCCCAAUCACUGGGGGAGCAUCCUUGUUCCGUGACUUUUGAUAAGACUCCGGGGGUCCUGUUUUGUAUUUCAGAGACAGAGAGGUGAGAAGCAGGGAGCGGUGUGCGAUUUUAAAAACUUGAAUUUUCUAUUUCAUAUUUUGUUUAACAUUAUAAUAAUUUAAGCACCGUUCCUACGCAGACUGAAUAAAGUCUGUCCCUCCCUCCCUCCCUCCCUCCCUCCCCUGCACACCUGGCUUCUUGCCCCUGGCUUGGAGCUCCUUCUCUGGGUGUAGGACUUGGCCUCGCUCUCUCUUACUCAGAUACUUUCUGUGCGCUGCUGUCUGGAGCUUGUCGCUGUGCCUACAGCCUCUGGGCAGGGACUGCUCUGCUGGAGUAGACUGGCACAGGGGGAGCGGCUGGGGUUGCAUUGUCUGGCACUGUUAAACCAGGUCACCCAGCACUGACCCAUUGGACCUGCACACUGAGCUGUAUUCUUCUGAGUUUUCUGUUCGGACCUGCUGGUGCUGCUCGGGUUUGCGAUUGCCCAAGCUUGCUCUGUCUAGAUCUCAACACUGGCCUUGCGGACGCUGUUCAGACGCUUUAAGGGUAUUGGGGGGUGCCUGUCCCGUGUUAAACCCUGAGAUGGAUCACAGCGUUACCCCUGCAGACCCCCGAGUGAGGGUGCUCCUGGCUUCACUGCUGAAAACCAAAAUCCAGCUGAUUCGAGAGGAUCCCCACGGCUGUGAUGGAGUGAUUGACAACGCUGUUGCCAUGGAGAACUUGAACAGGAACUUGACAGAGCACGGCCGACAGACACACCAGAUUCUACAGGGCACCCCUCUGGACCUGAUUGAGACGGGGAAGGGGCUGAAGGUGCAAGCAGAGCGCCCCCACCUGGUGAGUCUAGGAAGUGGUCGCCUCAGCACUGCCAUCACACUGCUGCCCCUGGCUGAAGGACGAACUACAAUUGGCUCUGCUGCGAAAGAUAUCAGUGUGCAGGGCCCGGGCAUCGCUGGCCAGCACUGCUACAUCGUGAAUCAGAACGGGGUCAUCACGCUGCACCCCUGCGGGAACCCCUGCUCCAUCGACGGCAUCCCUGUCACCAAGCCCGUCCGCCUUACACAAGGGUGUAUGCUGAGUUUCGGACAGUCAACCUUUUUCCGGUUCAACCACCCAGCUGAAGCGAUCAGGAUGAAGAGUAUGAUGCCAGGGAGUGGGCGGGGUCAGUACGGGGUCAACACGGAUGCAGAGAGCCUGGUCAAUGGAAACCACCAGCUCGGGCUGCUUGACUCCCGCGGUAGCCCUCGUGAGAGGCUCAGGCCUGGCCACAGCUCCCUGGUCAGCUCCAUUGAGAAGGACCUGCAGGACAUCAUGGACUCCUUAGCAAUAGAGGACCCACAGGCUGCCUGCUCCUCAUCCCAGCAGAGGAAGGCUUCCUCCAGUAACCCCCUGGCUCAGUCCCCCUUGUCUCCCGUGGUAAACGGGGGCGGACGUUACCUGCUGUCCCCUCCGAUGAGCCCCGGUGCCAUGUCUGAGGGCUCCAGCUACGAGAACACCUCUCCCCCCUUCUCUCCCCUGUCCUCCCCUUCCGCGGCCAGCUGCGAGAGCUACACCAGCCCCUCUCCCAGCGGCCAGGAUCAAGUCCUACCCUUACCCCCUGUGCCUGUGCGAUCCUCCAGCUACAACCACGCAGUCCAGCCGCCCAUUCCUAUGCCCAGAAGCACAGUGCCAGGGCCCCAGAGGGUGUCAGAGAGCCCCAGGCUACAGAGAGGGGCGUUCCUGGAGGCCCCUCCAAGCCCCACGUUGAGCCGGAGGUCCCAGGAGAUCCCCAGGAUAGCUCCGGAGAGCCCCAGGAUGGCUCAUCUGCCUUCCAUUCCUGGAGAUUUCAGGUCUCCCGGGUGGAACCAGGUUGGUGCGGUCCCGGGGAGCCCCAGAAUGACCCCCAAGCUGCACCACGCCGCCCCAUCCAGCCCCAGAACCAAAUCGGGCACUCUGCUCCAAGAGAGGUCAUCCAGCCCUUUCCGGGAGCCGCCAGCUAUCGACCGCAUGCUCACUGCCAGCCCCUCCAGGCAGCUGAGCCAGAACGCCAGGGCCUUCCAGCACCUGGAGCCGGGCUCUGGCUUUGUGCACAUCAGCCCCGGAGCUCCGCAGCCGCACCCCAGGACUCUGCAGCCCCCGGAGAGCCCCCGUGUGGGGCGCCGCAUCCCGGAGAGCAUGCGUGAGCUGCCCCCUCUCAGCCCCUCGCUGUCCCGCAGGGGAAUGGCCACACCUCUGCCCGGGCCGUCGCCCAUCCUGAGGGUUCCGGAGGCUGGGAAGCUCUCGGUGCCGGAGAGCCCCAGGUUGCGCCGCAAAGCUGGCUCCCCUCCAGAAGAGCUUCACAGUGGGGCAGGCACUGCCAGGCCACGGCGAGCACGGAGCCCUUCCCCGACCCUCCAGCAGGGGGUGGACGGCGGAGGCGUCAGGAAGGCCAGCUACGGCAAUGCCCUCUCACCCGCCUACAGCCUGGGCUCCCUGCCAGGGUCCUCUCCGCAGCCCAGCCCCCGCACGCACAGGAAGAUGUCAGGGGGUGCCGGAGAGCUGAGGCCCUCCCACCCUGGCAUGCGUGAACGCAAGAACAGCAUCACGGAGAUCAGCGACAACGAGGAUGAGCUGCUGGAGUACCACCGUCGGCAGAGAGAGGAGCGACUGAGAGAACAGGAGAUGGGCAGGCUGGAGAAGCAGCGUUUGGAGACGAUCCUGAACCUGUGUGCCGAGUACAACAAGGCUGACUCGGUGCCGGGGGGAGGAGGCGGGGAGGAGCCUGGCAGGGAGAGAGCCUUCCCUGGGGAGGGGGCCGGCAGGAGGCCCUCCCUGGACAUCCAGACUCGCAGGGGCGCGCAGAGGCAGCGGGAGAGCGAUGAGGAGAACCUCAAAGAGGAGUGCAGCAGCACAGAGAGCACGCACCAGGAGGUGAGGACAGCGAGAGACAGGGACACACGGGAGCACGAGGAGUCCUCUCUAGGGGGCGCUGCAGUGCGGCAGGAGGUUUCCUAUCUGGAGGAAGAGCGUGUGCGGGUGCUGUCCCGCAUCGAUGAGCUCAAGAACAGAGUCACUGAGCUGGAGCAGCAGCUGCAGGAGUCCAAGCAGGAGGCGGAGAUGGAGCGUGCUUUGCUCCAGGGGGAGAGGCAGGCUGAGCUGGAGCAGAUCCACACAGAGAAGGAGAUCAUCGUACAGCUGCAGCAGAAACUGAGCAAGCUGGAGAGCGGAAUACAGCGUGAGAAAGACCAGGAAAGGGCAAAUGUUGAUGCUGAACGAGAAGCUCUAGAAAGGCUCCAGGACGCUUUCUCUGAGUUGAAGAACCAGCUUCAUAACUGCCCCGAGUCACUGAGGGAGCAGUUACAGGACCAGCUCAAAAGGGAAGCAGAGACCUUGGAGUCUGAGACCAAGCUGUUUGAAGACCUUGAGUUCCAGCAGCUGGAGAAGGAGAGCCGUCUGGAGGAGGAGAGAGAGACCAUCAGCCAACAGCUGCUGCAGGAGAAGGCAGAGUACCACAGCAACGUGGCCAAGAGGAAGGAGAAGGUGGCCGCUCUAGAGAGCCAGGCCAGUCAGCUGGGACUGCAGGCAGCCCAGGAGUGUGAGAGACUGGCCAAGGACAGGAACCUGACUGCUCAGCUGCUGCACAAGGAGAAGGAGAGGCUGGCCAGUCUGGAGAAGAGAUACUUCAACCUGACUGGAGGCAGAAGCUUCCCCAAGAGCUCCUCCACCAUGAAAGAGGAAGUGCUUCAUAUCCGCGAGCCUAACGACCUGUUCGAGGAAGCCCACUCCCAGCACCCCCUCCCGGGACUCACUGCUGCUUUGCCUGCUUCAUCCUCGCAAAUCUGUCCCAAGGUGCAAGAGGAGUACAUGAAGCUCUCUGACGUGUUUAAGAUGUAUGGGGACAAUCACUGUGAUGCCCGCCGCUCCACCACAGCUCAGCUCAGCCUCUCGCUCGCCGUACCUCCAGCUGCACACGAGGAGUACGUGACGGUUGGCCAAUUAAACGAGAUCUUCGGGAGGUCAAAGGUUGAGUCUGCCCAAUCGUCCUCCUCCGCUAUCCCAUCGUUCCACUCUGCGGCUGCUGCCUGCUCCUCCUCCUCCUCGCUUGCCCCUGACCCUCAGUCCAAGGCUAUCUCUCUCUCUCUUUCAGCUGAGGCUGCUCAGAGGGGUAGGCCUCAGAUCCCUGCUCUUGAUUUAGAGCAGUGGUACCGGGAGAUCAUGGCCUGUGGGGAGGAGUCUCCCUCCUCCUCUCCCCCUCACAUCCCCCCUCCUCUGCCGGCCAAAUCUCUGUUAGCUCGCAGGCCAGUGCAGAUGUACCGCUCGAAGGUGGACAGCGAUUUCAGCUCCACGUUGCCAAGCAACAAGACUGGCUCCGCCCCUUCAGCGCAGUACAGCGCCUCAACACUAGGGCGCAGCACCCCCACCAAGGGCCCCCUGCUGGUCUAUAACAACACAGGCAGCCUGCCCCGGAACCUGGCCGCUACGAUGCAGGACAUUGAGACCAAGAGGCAGCUGGCUCUGCAGCAGAAAGACCCCUCCAGCGCAGAGACCCCCAAAGGUCAUCAGGUGAUCGAGGAGCAGCGGCGCAGGCUGGCCGAGCUGAAGCAGAAGGCUGCAGUGGAGGCGCAGUGCCAGUGGGAGGCGCUGCACAGCUCUCAGACGCACCUCCCCGGGCCGGUGCACCACUCCAUCCUGCACCACCGCCCCCCGCAGAGCGGAGAGCCCGCCUACGACACGCUGAGCCUGGAGAGCUCUGACAGCGUGGACACCAGCAUCUCCACGGGCAACAACUCGGCCUGCUCGCCAGACAACAUGUCCAGUGCCAGCGGCCUCGACGUAUCCAAGAUCGAGGAGAUGGAGAAGAUGCUGAAGGAGGCUCAGCUGGAGAAGGCCAGGCUCAUAGAGACACGGGAGCGGGAGUCUCAGACCCGCAAACAGAUGCUGGACGAGGAGCGGCGGCGACGGGAGGAGCUGGAGAAGAGACUGCAGGAUGAGACGGUACACCGGCAACAACUCGUGGAGAGGGAGGUGAAGAUGAGAGAGAAAAACUUCUCACAGGCUCGGCCGCUGACCCGCUACCUCCCGAUCCGCAAGGAGCAGUUUGACCUGCGCUCGCACAUCGAGUCCUCCGGGCACAACGUGGAGACCUGCUACCAUGUCAUCCUCACCGAGAAGAUGUGCAAGGGCUACCUGGUCAAGAUGGGCGGCAAGAUCAAGUCCUGGAAGAAGCGUUGGUUCGUCUUCGACCGGCUCAAACGAACCUUCUCCUACUACGUAGAAAAGCACGAGACCAAGCUGAAGGGAGUCAUUUACUUCCAGGCCAUUGAAGAGGUUUACUACGAUCACCUCCGCAGCGCGUCCAAGAAAGGAUUUUUCAAUCUGAAUUUGGUGAAUAUCACAGAGCUGCUCCCAGCUCAGUUUCGGAGAGAGAGCCCAAACCCCUCCCUGACGUUCUGUGUCAAGACUCACGACCGGCUCUAUUACAUGGUGGCCCCCUCUCCGGAGGCCAUGCGGAUCUGGAUGGACGUCAUAGUAACAGGUGCCGAGGGAUACACGCAGUUCCUGAACUGAGGAGGAGCUGUGAGCUGGAGGUCACUCCUCCACUGGAGCCCAGCUGCUGAGUCUUGGACAGCUUGAGCAGAGAUGCAGACUGCUACAGAUUCUACAAGUUUUUUUUUUUAUAUAUAUACAUCAGGAACUUUUUAAAUUUUUUAUAAUAACAAAAAAAAAAGACUUUGUUUUGCUUUUUAAGGGAGGACCCAUGACUGGAUGUCUCGGAAUGCAACUAUAGCAAAUCUAGGCCCAGGGUUUCAAAGCCUGAAGAAAGGACUAGGCCGCUGAUGUCGGUUGUCAAGGGAGAUUUUUUAAAUUUCAUUUGUAUUCUUUUGGAUAGUUUAACAGUCUCCCUUAACAAGAAUUCACACACUGUGACGCUACAUUCUUUUGGGACGUUUUAUUUUUCAAGUAUAUAGACGAUGUUCAACUGGAUUAUUAUACAAGCAACUGAAACAGACAGACAGGGAAAGAGGUGCCAAACCUGGGCUGCAGAGACAAGUUUUUUCCAUGGUACCUAACUUUUUUUUUUUCCAAACAAAGAACAUUUUUACUAUGAAAAUCAAAAAUCCUAUUUAUUAAAGCAGGAGGGCAGUAUAUAUUCCACCAAAGCAGACACACGUUUGGAUGUGCAGCGGGUACUUUUUAUAUAACCCAAGUAAAUAAAUAAAAAAAAAAAAUAGUAACAUGACUUUUAUAGAAAUUCUGUGCGACAGGGUUCACUGUGUCAGACUCGCACACACACAGUGUUUAUGAGGAUUUUGCAUUGACUCUUGUACAGUAUAGUGCAGAUUUACUAUUCAAAACUUCAGAGGGGCCUUGGGAGGAUGUGUGAAAUAUACAUGUUUUUAAACACUACAGGGACAUGGCCUGUGUCCUCAUGAAGUAGGUUUUGUCAGGUUUUCCUACCUUUUUGAGGACUUUUUUGGGCUACACACACACACACACUGACACACACACACACACACACCAACCACAGAAAGUGUGUCAACCCAUCAGAAAGAAGCUCUAAAGGCUGACGCUUGACCUGAGCUCGCUCUCCCCUGCGUGGACGUGGCACACUCCACUGCCAGGCUGGACUGAAUGCAAGACAACAGAGACUGAACAACUGAACGCUGCCUAACGACCUCGCUUUACUGGAGGAGUCCUGAACCUCUCCGGGAACUGUGCCUUUACACUUCACCACGCCAGGGAUUUCUGACUGUAACGCUUGUGCAAGCUCGCUGGACUUCAAGAGACAAAUGAAUAACAAUAAUAAUAAAACUGAUGGCGACUUUGAACGGGGGGCUGACAGCCGUUCUUGGUUCAUGACAUUCAAACUUGUAUAUAGAGGAUAUAUACAAGUAUAUAUUCGUGGUAUACGGUUUUUAAAGUAAAUCACAAGCCCCGACACAAGUAUAUAUUGAAAAUAAAUAGCAAUAAAAUGUGUACAUUUUUUAUAUAAAAUCAGUUAAUUCAGGGAUUAGUUUACCUGGCGGAUCUUUACUUUCCUUGUCAACAGACUGUGCUGCGACGCGGAUUAAUUUCAAACUGAGUUUAUGGCCUCUUAGCAAGUCUGUCAAUUCACAUUCUGUCUGUUUGUUUUCUACAAUUCACAUUCUGUCUGUUUGUUUUCUACAAUUCACAUUCUGUCUGUUUGUUUUCUACAAUUCACAUUCUGUCUGUUUGUUUUCUACAAUUCACAUUCUGUCUGUUUGUUUUCUACAAAUCGCAUUCUGUCUGUUUUCUACCUUUACCGGUUUUAAUGCAGCGGCUACUGGCUGUUUGGAUGAGGCAGACACAGUCAGAUCGGGAACUAGCGUUUCUUGACUAAAUUCGCUCUCAAGGAAAUCUGAGUAAAAAACAUAGAAAUUUGAAAUGAUUUCAGACAUUUUAUAGUUGUUAUAAAGCACGUAUAGGCGGCAGUAUUGUUUGAAUACCCCGAAGCGCAGCCCCGUCCUGAAUUUCAACAGCACAGGAACGUAAGCAGACACGUUCUAAACUAGUCCUGGUAAGCGUGGACAAAAAUAAAUCUCACGCUGAGUAUACCCACGCUAGCAGUGUCUGGGCUGUCUGUUUUGUAUUAUGGAUACCAAUAUGAAUAAAAUGUGCUGAAGUGAGUCUGGUGCCGAAGUUUCCUUUUAAAAUGCAAUUGUUCUGAUGCAGUUUGUAACAUACCAUGCAUAAAAGAAAAUCCUUAUUACUGCAAUGCGUACUGCAAUUGUUAAAAUCGUUCAGAGAUUUGAUUGAGUAGACCUCAUUCUUUCUAUAGUAUUUUUUGUUAUUUUUCAGCAUAAAGAAACAUGAUGUAUGUAUGUGAUUGGUAUGUGUACUGUGUCCUUCAAGCAGGUAUUAAAACACAGCUUUGACUUCCGCCUCCCAAGCCCCUCUGUUCAAACACGUCUGGAGUUUGUGUUGUGAAAGUUCCAAGGUGUUUUUGUUGCUUCUUGUCAAGCCCAUCCAUUAAAGAUGGUUGUAUACACUGCAAGUCACGCAAUAUUAAAGAUGGUUGUAUACACUGCAAGUCACGCAAUAUCUAAUCAGAUGCUUAACUAAUUGAAAUGGGCAACUAAUUGAACCUUUUUUUUAAAGCCAUUAUGAACUCCAGUGCUCUGGGUGAUAUUUAUGUAAAGGGAACAUUGACCUGAAACAGCUUGCUGAACUGUCAAACUUUGGAAACAAGCGUUCAGAAACUUUUGUGUUUUGUAUUUUAAAAAUAAAAUAUCUAUUGGCAAGCGAA